AUGCUGCGAUGGGAAUUGGAUGUCUCUCCACUGAUUUCAACGAAAAGCUGGCUAAAAAAUUAUGGACUAAAGAAAAACAAGUUGAAUAUGUACCAUAUUUUACCUACUAUUGGAUUUAAACUGAGUGAUGAUUAUGACACUACAUUAAAGAGGCCAGUGGCAUCACGUUAUGGCAGUUCAUUGUUUCAAAGAGCCUUCCGCAAAGAUGGACAUACAUAUAAUCUUAAAUGUUCCAAAGAAAAGCUCAUACAAAUUCAAAAUCGUUUGAAACAGGUUUUGCGGUUGUUUGAGAGGCGGUUGUCAUGGCUGACUUCUGAGAGCAGACGAACUUUUGGAGUAAUUGAAGAAAAGUGUGUUACGGUUGUUUUGGACAUCAAAAACUUGUCACCUCAACAAUUCAAUCAAUUUAUCGGUGCAUUUCAAAUGGUUUUAGAGGAACAGAUAUCCCGCAUUAGUAAAUUUAACUUGAUUCGUUCAGCUGAUAAUAUGAAACUAUUUAAGGAAUCAUGUGUACCGGUAACACACGAUACAAUCUAUGAAGCUAUUGAAUGGAUUAAAAGUUUUGAUAGACUUGAACCAAUAUCAUCCACUGCCCCAUGUGAAGCUGUUGUUCAGGCUCUCAAAGAUACUAGUAAUGAAGCUGUAUACAUUCUAACGGAAGGUACGUCAAUUGAUGCUUGUCGAGGAGUAUUUAUAGAACAGCUAACUAAUUCGCACCCAUGUAUCCCCGUCAAUGUGGUAUCUUAUAACUGUGACAAUCUAGACACAAUACAGUAUCUUAGGAGACUUGCAGAAUGUACAAAUGGGAGAUUCCAUGCCUAUGCUGUAACAAUGGAAAUGGUGACCUAUGAUGAUGAUGCUCCUCAGAACGGAUCCAAUGGGGAUUCCCAAGUGCUUCUUAAACGUAACAUGUAUGGCGGAAUGCCAGAAGGCGCCGGCAUCAGAGAAGAUGUCUUGCUUCUUUUUGAAGAGUUUGAAGAAGCUAGAAACACCAAUCAGUUUAUUGAAGACCUUAUAAAGGAAGGAGAUUGGGAUCCCCCAAAGAAAAAGGACGAGGAUCCAAAGAAAGCAGCAAGAAAACUUGCCAGAAUGAUCCAAAGAAAAGAAUCCUCUAUGGGCUCUGCUGAAUGGCUAAAAAGGUAUGGUCUUGAAGCUAAUAAACUCGAAUUUCAUGAUGCUUUAGCCAAAGUAACAUUUGAUCAUGUCGAGGGUGUGACUAACAGUUUCAAUGCUCCCGAGGGUCAGGAUAAAAAGUUAGUUGAUGCCAUAUAUUGUGAGACACUGUUUCCAGCAGUAAGAUGGACAGAUGGUACCAUUAAGCACGUGAUUGUGACCCAAGACAUCCAUCGCACUUACGAACAAAGGAUAACCAUAGCUCUGAACAGAAUACAAGAAAGAAUAAAGUGGCUGACAAAGGGAAGUCGAGCACUGUUUGGGACUAUUAUAGAGGACAAUAUCUACAUUUUAAUAGAUUGUUCCAAAUCUAUGGAAGAAAAUAUAAAAUUUGUGAAAGAGAAAGUUCAGGGCCUGAUUCAAGAACAAUUGCGACACAAGAAAUCCAUAAAUAUUGUUAGCUUUGGUACAACAGUAGAAACUUGGAGUUCUCGUCUGGUAGACAUCACACCACAAUCACUUCACAGCGCCCAAUCGUGGAUAAAUGCUCUCUCCUGCACUGGAUCAACCAAUACAUAUGGAGCCAUCAAGUAUGCUCUCUCUGACUCGAGAACUGAUGGUAUUUACCUACUCACUGAUGGUUGUCCUGAUCAA